AUGACAGAUGAUAAGGAUGCUUUAGAGUUGAUCACUCAGUUGCGAUUAGAUUUGAACGAGCGCGACCAAGAAUUGCUCCUCAACGAUGUUGAGAUAACCGGGUUGGAGGAGAAGAGUGGAGAAAACUCGACACAUCUUAUUAUGUCGCUAGCUAAAAAGCUAGGAGCGGACUUGGACGAGAGGGACAUCGUCAGCGUCGCCCGGUCCGGGCCGCGGCGUAUAGCAGCUGAUAGCGGCGAGCGUCCCCCGCGCCCGCGCCCCCUCGUUGUGCGGCUGGCGCGGCGCUCCGUGCGCGACACCCUGCUGCGGGCGGCGCGCGUGCGCCGCGGCACCGACUCCUCCGGCAUCACUGACACCGAACCCAGGCGCGUCUACGUCAACGAGCGGCUCACAGGGACGAAUAGACAGUUGUUCUACAAGACUCGCGAGGAGUGUCGCCGUCACGGGUGGAGGUUCUCUUGGACUAAGAAUGGGCGUAUUUAUGUGCGCAAAAACGAUUCCAGCGAAAUACGGCGCAUUCGUUCCUCAAGCGAUAUUGAAAAGUUUUUUGGUGUUUGUAUGGUUUGA